UAAUGGAAGUUGAACGAACAAGUCGUCCUGGGUUAUCUCCAACAACAAUUAGACGAAUAAUGGUUUUCUUCCAUAAUUCCAGAGGCUCUGUUUUGCUGUUAUUAUUCACAGCCUGCGCGAUCAUCAUCCCCACCAAUUCCCAGCCAAUCUACAACUCUCACGUUUGUCUAGAUCCCUAUAAUGAAACAUCCAAUGAUUCUUACAGAUCAAGCCUCACAACCCUUUUGGGUUCUUUAUCGGACAAAGCUUCCCAAAACACUAGCUUCUACAACGACACUUUUAACGGCAUCUACGGCCUCUUCCUCUGCCGAGGUGAUGUUUCUAAUGAUACCUGUCAAAUCUGUGUCAGGUAUGCGAGUCAAACCAUCGCAAGUCGAUGUUCAUCCAACAGAAGUGCGAUCAUCUGGUUCGAUGAAUGCAUGUUAAGGUACUCCAACAUUAAUUUCUUUGGGAAGGAAGAGACGUUGCCGGGGUUGUUGAUGUGGAAUGUCCAGAAUCUAACUUCAACCGAGGAAACGAACUUUGGAACAUUAUCGCUGAUGUAUGGACUGAUGGAGGAAGCUUCAGUAACGGAUCUGUUGUUCAAGGCAGAUAGUCGGCCAGGGGGUAAUGGGUCUGAGAUUGGAUAUGGGUUAGUGCAGUGUACCAGAGAUAUCAGUGUCAGUUCAUGCAAUGCUUGUUUUGAGGUGUUGAUGACGGAAGCCGAUAAGUGUUGCAAAGUGAAGAAAGGGUGGCGAAUUUUAGCCCCGAGUUGUAAUAUAAGAUUCGAGAAAUACUCUUUCUUUGUUCAGCAACCAUCUGCGACAGUGCCGUCCCAACCCGUGCCUGGUAAAGCACAUAAAAAUCGGGAUGGUGUUUGGAUAAGUUCCGAAACAGAGACAAAUUAUAUGAUAUCUAUUAAGGAAACUGCUGCAGAUCCAUCUGAUGAAUCAUCUGUCAAAGAUGCUUAG